AGUUGUAAAAAUUAAUGAAGCUUAUAAUGAUAUGUAAUGUGAUUCUGAUUACCACUAUAACUCACACGAUUCAGCAAAAUAAAAUACACACCUAAUGCGCGCGCACACAAGUUUAAAAGACUGCAUAUAGAACUCUGUAGAGGGGCAAACCAGACAAUUCACGGAGGUCAUAUAAAAGCGCGUCUCUCUUUUAAAAGCAGUGGCAAUCGAACGCCAGUGUUUGAGCAUAUAUAUAUAUAACACGCGGGAAUCAUUCAUCUAAAAGAAAAUCAAGUUUUGGUCCCGGACAGAUCAAACUUUUUAACUUCAAAAUCAGGUUUAUCAUUACCUCGAGAGUGCAAUUAUGAAGUCACUUAUAAUUUGUUUUGCAGUUUCCGGCUUUCUAUGUGCUGGCCUGUGUCAAAAACUACCAACGGCCGACGAAGCCUUGGCAAAAAUUAAUGAGAUAGUCGACAUCCCAGGCCUAAAAAACCUCGAUCUGAAAGGCUUGAAUAUGUCCAUGCUACCGUUCAACGAGGCUGAGAAUCUGCUAAAGAAGAAAUGCGAGAAAAAUGGAGGCCCAAACGCAUACGAGACGGCCAAAGCUGCUGGAUCUAAUGUUGUAAACUGCGUUAAAGAUCUCGUUGACUUGAAUGUAUUGAAGCAGGAGAUGGACGCUGCUAGACCAACUGGUGAUUUGGACGAAGUUUUCAAGAAGUAUUGCCACAAAAAGCCUAUCCUUAAAGGAUGCGUGACUAAUUUUACCGAUGCCAUUGAACCGUGCCUUGAUCCAGUAGAAAGAGAAAAUAAGAAAAUCGUGCUCAAUAUCACGGAAAAAAUUUUGAACUUUGUAUGUUUCAAGGAGGGUGACCGCAUUGCUCUAUUCAUCGCGGCCAAAGGACCUGAAUGUUUCCAAGCCAAAACUCAAGCAAUCAUGGAUUGCGGUAAUUCUACAUAUGGCAAAUACUCUAAAGAUUUGCCCAUGAACCCAGAGCAAGGAUUAGCUGGUUUAACUACGAGUCUCUCUGGAAUAAAAGAUCUUCCUUCUCUCGUUUUUGACCAGAAAACUUGCACAGAUAUGAACACUUUACAAGGUUGCGUGGUGAACGCAUUGGAAGGAUGUGAAGAUCCGACGCCGGCAAACCUACUCGAUUCUAUCUUUAAUUACAUCAAGAAAGUGACACCAUGUCAGAAAAUGCUUAGUCCUCAGGCUUAGGCACUAACAAUGUUUAGUCAAAGUUCAGGAACAAGAAACGUAGCUUAUACUGCAGUACUAGCUAUGACUACUUUUAUUUUAUUAUACUGAAAAUGACAUAUACUUCCUGUAAAAUCUGAUUAUAGUUCUGUGAUUAUAAAUGUAACGAAUGAAAUACUUUAUGCGAAUUUGAAAAAUGUAUAAUUUACUAACAAUUUUGUACUAUACAGAUUUAAAGAAAAUGUUAUUCUUUAUAACAUUAGCUACCAGUAGAUUACAGUAGUUUUUGUUGUAUCAAGUACUUGUUAUAGAAUCAAAUCAACAAAAUUAAUUUGUUGCUUAUUUUUAUAUUACACUGUAUAAGUAUGAAUGUUAAUUGACCAGUUGUAAAUUGUAUGUUGCAUUUUGUAUACAUUUUUGCUUAAUUUUUCCAAAUAGGGUAAAGGCACUAGUAGUAGGUCAGGCACUAGUAGUCAGUCACUUCUUUUAUUAUAAUUUUUAUUAUAAUUAUAAUUUUUAUAUUAAAGGUAAUCCUUUAAUAAAUAAGAAGUAAAAUGAUGAAUCUUUAAAACCAUAUCAUAUGAAAAUAAAAAAAUACAUAAUUAACAAGUAUUUUUUCUGUU